GUGGAUCGUCGUUGGCGGCAAUUCGGUUGCGGGCAAGCGUCGAUGCGCAUGCGCCGCGCGCUCUCAUUGGCCAUUGCGGUGGCGCUGUAAUAUGACGAAGCUGCGUGGCAUGACGGGACGGCGGAUCGGCGAUUUUGCAACAUGGCGGCGAAGUGAGGGCGAAGUCGUGGGUGCUGUGCCAUCGGAAAAUGUAUUUUUCCUAGUCGCCCGUAACGGUUCCGUCGUUACUUCGCAAUCACAGGCGCGACAGUGAAACAUACGUGUUCGGGUGGUGUCGUUCGGGCCGAUAUCGGACAGUAGUGCGUGUAAAUAUGAACGGGAUGGCCGGCAGUGUGACGACGAAGGUGACACCCCGCGGCACCGUGCGCUGCUCGAGCUGUUGGAGCACGUAUGGCAGGGACUAGGGCUCGCGAUAAGAGAGUCCCGCUUUUGUCCUAGCGAGCCGCGGCAGCCGCCGGGACAGCAGCACCAAAUAUCGACGCGAUGUUGUGGCCAGCCCUGCCGAACUGUGAAAACAUAUACAUAAGAAAUAGAAGCUCUAUCGGUCACUGUGAUUUCUGAUCGUACAUGCGUGCCAAAUACAAAGAUAUAAGAGGGCGUUAAGAAGAGAUCCAAUGGUUUCCUGACAUAAUGGAGGGCAAAUUAUAUGUGAAGAAUGAGCCGGGACUUGAGGGGCAAUCGCUCGCAAAUCCGCAGCCCAAUCCGCCCGUCGAGGACGGUGGGGGAGCGAGAAUCUGCUUUGUCUGUGGUGCUGUGGGCCACAGCGAGCAGCACUGGUUACGAGUAAAACCAAGCCCGGGCGGUGCACCCAACGAGCCCUAUUUUCCGUUUCUUGAAUCACACGAGCCGCCGAGUGGCUAUCGCGGCGAGGGUGCCAGAAGCGGUGCUGUCAAAGCAUGCAAUCUCUGUUACAUUCUGUUGUUGCAACAAUGGGAAAGUUACGAGCGAGAGGCUAGGCCGCACAGUCAGCGAAUUUAUUGGUUAAAGAGAUGCGACGGCGGCUCGUUCACAGGUGCGGAGAUGGCACUUCAGGGCGAAUACGCCGCCCAGGUUUUGGGCUUGACAAACGAUCAGGCGCCGCAGCUCAGACAAGAGAACCGACCGGUUGGUAUCUCACCGCGAUUACCGCCAAAUUCACCUUCGCCGAGAGUCGAGCAAACGAGACCACCGUCGAAUUCAAUCGAGUUACCGAGGCCGCAUUCUAAUACAGCGGAAACGCACAGGCACUUGGAACAAACGAGGCUCACAAUGGAAUCUCCUCAUCACAGAUUGCAGUCACCUCACCAAAGGUUGCAAAGCCCACGACAAUCUGUCGAGGAUGUUAGAAUAUCCAACGAGGCGGCGUUGGAUCUGAGACAUGCACCUAGAAGCUCACCUGCACCACAACCCACCUUACCACCACAACCUUCAGCUAUCUAUAGCGGCGGAUCGUCGUCCAGCGUCGGCACAGACAUUCUAGAUUUAUCGAUGCCGGAUAAGAACUCUGUCACUGAAGUCUGUUAUGUGUGCGGGGACGAAUUCAAGAGAGGAUCUCUCAGUCACAUCGCUGCGAAGCCACUGCCAAACCCGCCGCACCCUUCUUCCAGUCCUCCGCCAUUCUUUCCAUCACUGAUGCUUCAUCCCAGGCCGAGCAGAAGUCGACCUAUGGACAGUGCCGGUCGAGUGCAGGCUUGCUCAGCGUGCCAGAAUCAUCUUUUAUUACAAUGGAAAGCUUACACGCGGCAGGGAGUACCGCAUGGUGAUAGAAAUUAUACGCUUCGCAAGCGGCAAGCACCUACAAUGGAUACAACCACGUUUAUUUGCUACACUUGCGCUCUCGAGUACCCUUCAUCCAGUAUUAGACUACUAUAUUGCUGUCCUAAUCCCGAGAAGGAGGCGUACUUUCCUUAUAUUUAUUCUCUGAGACCUCCUCUAGGAGCUAGUCCUAUUAGUCCUCAGGGAAUGGUGCAGGUUUGCUCCAUUUGUUAUAGAGCUAUUCCGCAUAAGCAGCAAAUGCAUGUCGGAGAAAACCACGAGGCACAGCCAACCGGGCAGAAUGUGGAUUUUCGGCAACAAGGUACUUCACCACGGCCCGCUGUUGCGAAAUCUCCAGCUAAUUCUGCUGGCAGCGAUAUUCGCUUUAAGCCAUACGACUUGAACAAAUCGGCGGUUGCUGCAAAUAAGCAACGAAGCAGUACCACCGUAAAAGCUCCCAUGGCUGGGCAACGAAAUUCACCCAGUAACGGUCCCGCGGAAAACGGUACCGUCGCGCUUGGCCAAAAUUAUAGGUGCUAUAUUUGUGAGAGAUUAUAUCCUCGUACUCAUAUGGAGUGGUUAUCUACAAGCCCAGAAGGAAUGAAUUCACAUGCUAUGCAUUUUCCUUGCUUGAGAGGAAUGGCACGUACGUCUGAAAACGCCUGCAUGGAUAGCCAUGGCAGGGUAUUAGCAUGUAGUCACUGUGUGAAUCAUCUUGCACAACAAUGGGAAAGUAUGGAUGCUGAACGGGUUCCUUUAGAACGCCGCAGGUACGAUAUUCCUAGUCCACAUCCAAAUGGUGAUGUGAAUCGGUCAAUCGCUACACCACCGAGUUCUAGUUCGGAUCGAACAUUUGGAAGCAAUCCAGGCACAUCGAGUAGCUCGAUAUAUUGCUUCCUGUGUGGUUUACACAGCGACUUGACUCUUGCUAGAGUCCUGUAUGGUCGUCCUCAGGGUCGAAAUGCGCCAUUCUUCCCAGAACUCUUACGUCAUCAGUCACCGCCGAAUGCCGAACAGCUACGCGAGGACGGCUCCGCUCUGGUCUGCACGUUUUGUUAUCAUUCACUGCUGGCGCAGUGGCGUCGAUACGAAUCUCUUUCCAGUGGUCAGCAAGUGAAUGCCGCCGAGCGCCAAUAUAACACCCAUGAUUAUUGCUGUUACGUCUGCGGCAUUACGACGUACAGAAAACGGGUACGGGCGUUGCCAGUGAAAGAUUUUCCGUUUCUAAGGUAUCACAGGCAGCCGGAAAAAAGUCUGUUGCUGGAAAACGGCGAUUUCGCGGUUGUCUGCUUGGAUUGUUAUGAGACCUUGCGCACACAGAGCCUCGAGUACGAGAGAUGGGGCCUUCCAGUUGAAAAGCGAGAAUACAAUUGGAUUGUGCAACCUCCACCGCCUGAGGAUAGUCCUGAUGCGGCCAUAGCUAGGUUACCGUCCGGCGAAAGAUCCGAGAAAGUGGUUCCACCGACAUUAACUGUAAGGCCGGCGCGAAAGAACUGCUCACCAAAGGCACCAGACAAAAAGGCACCCGCAAAAAUUCCGGAGAAGGAACAAGGUUUACAGCCUGCCAGCACCAAAGCUCAGCCAACCUCGAUUGGCAAGUCCCACCGACCUAGUUCCGGUGUACUACCUCAGGGUCACACCCCGGGACCUGGACCGGGCGGGCAGCAGAAUAGCAGGAGCUUCGCUGCCGCCUUGAGGAACCUGGCUAAGCAGGCGGGCCCAGCACCUCAAGAAGAGGAACCCCGUGCCAGUCCGAAGAACCGGGCGCCACCGCCUUUGGUCAGAGGUCCUUCUCCUGCUAAGGAGCGAUCGACGCACGAACGAAGGCCCGAGGAGAUUCCUUCCUUGUACACAACAACUGCCAGACCCGUUGAAACUAGCAAGCACAGUGCAACUGCCGCGGCUUCCGAAUUACUGGCUCGUUCCGGUUUUCAGCCGUACCGGCCUGAGCAUCAUCCGGCCCAUCCACCGGCAUUUGCCUUGGAUCCCGCGACCUAUAGCGCCUAUCAUCCCAGUCUUUAUACACCACCACAUCUACAGCACGCUUAUAGAUUCGAGGAACAAUUAUAUCUGGAACGGUGCGGAAUAAUGAGACCGCCGUUGUUUCCUGGAUUGCCGUCGUAUCCUCUAUACGGAUUAAGAUACAGUCCAGACAUGCUUCCUCCGCCUCCCGCUUCACUAAGUCUUAUGCCUCCCGUGAUGCAUGAACGACUGAAACUGGAGGAGGAGCAUAGGCUGCGGCAAGCACGGGAGCAGGCUGCGUUGCGAGAGGAGGAGGAAAGGAGAAGAGUAGCGAGAAGUUCUGCUCCCGCUGCCCCGGUACCCGCGCCUGCACCUGCAUCCGCUGAUACUGCAGCUAGGAAGCCGACCAUAACGGCUCAGAUGCAUAGCGAGCGGGACCGAGAACGCGACAGUAGAGAACGACAGAGCGGUAGUGGUGGUGGAGGUGUUGGUAACAAUAGCAGCGGCGGGAGCAACGCUAACAGCAGCACUGGUAACUGCAGCGGCAACAACACUAGUAGCACUAACAACGCCAAUAGCAAUGGGUCAGCCGUCACCAUUAGUAGCAAUCAUCACCAAUCUCGAAAAGAGGAACAACAAUCCGCUGCUACGCCAGUUGCACCGCCACCGCCAGCGCCUUCCGAUCCAACGGCAGCGGCAGCAUCAGCAGCCACUAUCUACCAUCCUCGCUUACCACCCUUUCCCAGUCCAGCUGCGCCCAUUGGACCCUCCUUGAGUUCCACUUCCAUAUGCUCCGUCAGCUCUGCGUCUAUUCCGCCCCCUUUGGGUUCCACUUUACCCACUCUGAACCUCGGACCGCCGCCACCCCCAACAGCUAUAAGCUCGGCGCCGAUCGGUCCACCGCCGAUGCCCUCCAUCCCAUCUUUGACGCCGGGUGUAAUAGGACCACCGCCGCUUUCCCUAGGCAUAUCUCUUACGCCUAUUAUCUCUAUUCCCUCUCUCCACUUACCCCCAGUGCCGUCAAGUACCAUUCAUUCUAGUCAACACGCAGCCACGAUUAUGAGCAGCGCGACUACUACAGUCACAAGUUCCAUCUAUCACCAGCAACAACAACAACAUCAACAACAACCUCCAUCGCAACAACAUCAACAGCGCGCGAAUAGUACAAGUAGUACGACGAUUACGAGCUCUUUGUCUAAUGCGAUGACGACACACGUCGCCCCGAUGCCGCCAAGUUCUUCGUCGACGUUAAACUCGAUAAAUCACAUAGCUCGCAAAUCCCCACCGCUAUCCCAUGGCGUUCAUGGCGCGCCGAGAAGCAAGGAACCAUUAUCAACAAUCACAACAACGGCGGGGACGUUGCCUACGACGAUGCCUACGACGGCAAUCAUAACUACUACGACAAUGAAUAUCGCAACAACCUCGCAGCCGGCUUUUGUCAGACCCUUCGAGGAUUCGUUUCGCUCCUCCUCGACGAAAACACAGCAAAGGCAACCCAUAAUGAAUAGUCACAGUAUAGUCAAUCAGAUCGGUCAUCACGAGCCGCCGUCCUUGAAGUCUUCAUCGAUGACGUCGAUUACUUCUCAAGUUGUUGGUAAUCAAGUGAUACAGGAGAAUAAUUCCUCAACCAUGGAUAGUAAGUCUAUAAACAACCAGCCAGUGUUCUCCCAACCGAUCCCGUAUCCACCACCACAACAGUACCAUCAUCCGCAUAUAUCCGUCUCGCACAUGUCAAGUCUCUACAAACCGCCGCACUUCUCGUCAUCAUCGUCAACAUCUUCGUCGCCACAUCAACAGCAUCACUCUCAGUCCAAGCUUAAUGUACCAAUGGCAAAUACCAGCAACAACAAUCACGGCAACGGUGGCACGAAUAUCGUGACUAAUUCGAAUGGCACAAAACAGCAGAACGCGCAUCUCAAUGUCAGCGAGUCUCAUCAGACGAUGACGGCAAUUCAACGAAACGACAGUAUUACUAACAACUGCGUUUCCAAUGAAAAAGCAAUGAGCAAUAGCACUUUCAGCGUUAAUAAUAAAAUUACUAACAGUAGUAAAAUUGUGAAUCAUGCAAGCGCGCAUCAUAAAAAUAAUUUGGAUGUUGCAGCAAAGGACAAUAAACUGAAUACAGAUGAGAAAAGUGCGAGCGAAAGCCCGAUCAGGCAGCCGCAGUUGUUGAAUCAGAAUCACGUUGCGACAAAUUCGCUCCAGGAGAAAACCUCAAUCUCGCAUCUGUCUUUUGAGCAGCAAGAAAAGGGCUUGCCACCCUUUCAGCCGGUGAAUUACACCGUCGGCGAAAAGGAGUGCAAAAAUGAAAUUGAUUGUAGUAAGACGCAAUGCGAUCAAAACAAUGUCUUGUCCACAUUACCGUUUCAAUCGAGCUUUAAGUUCAGCAUAAAUGACAUUGCGCAGAAGCCUAUGGAUACGACGCAGCUGAUGCAGAGUAUCAAGUCUGAGGAGGUGUUGCGCACUUGUCAGAACGUUUCCAAUGUGCUCUUGCAAAUACCGAAAUAUCAGGAAAAGCUCCUGAAUUUUUCGACAAGCAACAACGAAUUGAAGACGACUGCGUUUUGCUUUACCGACAAGUGCAAUAAUUUAACUGAGAUUUCCGUGAAGUGCGAACCAGCGGUGCUAAAUGUACCUGACCUCAGUAAGGCUUUAGUGGUCAAGCAGGAUGUAAUCACCAGCAGCGAAAAGUCUUUCCUGGUGCCUGAAAUGCAGAAAGAGCUGACGUCAUCUCUUGAUCUAGCUGAAAAGAGACGUAAACGGAAGAGGGAAAAGAACACGAGCGUAACGUGUAGCUCCGACUCGGAGGGCGAGGAGGAAACCAAAGACGUGGAUCUUUGGAUCACGAAAGGUCCGCCGGCUAAACUACAAUAUUCGGAAGACAAAUUGACCUUUCUAGCCAUGUUUGGAUUGACUACGCUGACUAUUAGGAACGAGAUAGAAUUGUGUAAGGUUGAGAAAAGGUACAGACUGAAUCCCGAUCCACCAGAACUACCUCUGGAAGUAGAGCCUGUAAUAGAGUCCGUCUUACCGAUUCCGCGUGAGCAUCCGGACGUUUUACUUCACACGUCAGAUUUCGAGCCGAAAGUAGGCUUUCUCAGGACUAUAGGCCUCGAUAUUAUGCCUCCAAAUAAAAGAGACGAGGCAGAAGUGACAUGGCAGUACGUUCUAGCAGAUCGCAAGAAACGGAAAAGCGCGAACUCCGUUACUGCCUACUGUGAAAGAAUCGCCAAAGUUUACUCUAAGAAUCCUCCAGCUUUACCAAAACCACCUCAAAAAAUGCGUCUUCUGGACAGGAUUAAAGUAAAACCGAUCUCGGAACGUCCACCACCGCUACCACCCUUAGUUCCGAAUGUAGUUCCAAUGUACUACCCUACUUUACCUAUGCCUGGUGAGAAUGGUGUGAAACAACACUGUAAAACUAUAGACAUCAGUGAGAAUACUGAUGAAAUAGGUGAAAGGAAAGAGAAACCGAGGUGGACUGGAAUCGAGGAUGUUAUGUUUGCUUAUAAGGAGUAUCUAAAAGAAAAGACACUUGAGAGAAAAAUUCUGACAAGUGAAACAUCGAAACUGAUAGCACAGUACAACAGUUUGCAUUCCGAAGCUGUUCAAUUAGAACGGAAAAUCUAUGAACUCCUGUCUGCCAGAACAGCUCUUGAUUCCGAGAGGCGAAUGCUCAGUGACAAAAUCGAAAGGAUCAAUGCACUUGUUAGGAAUCUUAGAUAGCGUUAUGUAACGCACAACACGGAAACUCAUUCAUCUGUGAUAUUAUCAGCGGGUUAAGGGCCGUUAGCGCAUAAUACCCACUACUAAACGUAACACGUAGAUAAGUAAUGGUUAAGGAAAAACUCUUGAGUGACCAAAUGUACAGCGAUAAUUAUUCAUAUUAUUUUGCGGAUUUUAUUAUAUAGUAUCCUUUUUAGUACCAUCGGCGAUUGAUUGUAUCGGGAAAACAGACAACUUUGGCUGGUUCACAGGAACCAAGGAUUACAUUCGGUUUAGAAUGUUAUUGUACUAAUUGAUAAAUAUUAUUUUUGCGCACGUCGCCAAACGUUGGCAAGCACGCCGAUCUUCGAUCAUAAAUAUGGAAUCAUAUCAAUCGUACGAGGAUAUGUAUAAAGUUAAUUGUACAAAUCAAAUUGUAUCCCAUCCGCGUAUGACAAGACAGUUUUUACGACUGCAAACAAAACGACAAAGGCUUUCUAGUUUCACACAACUAACGGCUCUUAUACUCCGAGCAUAAAUAAUUGUAAUUUGUGUGUAUCAUAAUAUUUUAAUGGAGAAAAAAUAGACAAAUGGUGUAUAACUUAUUUUAUUCAGCGUAAUGUGGACUUUUACGUCGAGUACUUGAAAAAAAAAACAAAAAAAAACAAUGAUAUAUCAUGCAAUUUGUAUGUCGAUCGAUUGAUAAAAUUAAAUAAUGAUUAGAAGAGAAGACAUUAUAUAGGAUUGAAGAAUAUGACGAAGGAUCGAAGAAUAACAUCGACUUUAUCGGACUGGCAGAAUGUCGAGAAAUCGCUCGCAUCCAACAUGAUUAUGUCUUUAUUUUUUACGUUUAAUAUAAUAGUGCGUAUGGUGGAACGAAUUUAAUCGAUAGAAAUCAGAUUGUAUAAUCGGAAGGUUGCGAGUAUCACGAAUCUCUGGACAUGAGAAGGGAAAAUUUCAAAAGGUAGAAUAUUUUAUGCAAGUUUUACGUUUUAAUUUAAAUCAAUAUCAACUACACCAGAACUCUAGUCUACAAACAUGUUUAGACUAUACGGGGAAAAUUGCGCAUUGAUACGCGUAAAAUCAGAGUAGUAAGCAAUCCUUCCUUUUGAAUAUCCAUACUAUUUAUCAUAAUGAGCACGAAGGCCAGCGAAAAUAUGGGAUGGAGCAUUAAUAACAUUAUGUAACGACACUGCGGUACUUAGAUAUAAUGUGACUUAAUUUUUAAAGAAAAAAACAAAAUUAUGAAACUUUGCGCGGAGCACAUUCCAGAAAAUGUUUAUUACCCGACAUCAACAUUCCAACAUCAGUCAUUUCACCAAAACAAUCGGAUCUUGAACUCGACACAAGUUGAGUGGCGAAUAAAAUUUGGAAAAAAGGAAACCGAUUGUAUUAUAUAUUGAUUUUUCUGUUUGGCGCGUCCAUGUCACGUAGCUGCGCUCUAUUUUUCACACCUCGCAGUGUAAUUUUCAAACUUAUCAUUCUCUGCUCUCUGAGUGCAUCAUUUUAUCGAUACACAUUGCACGUUGUAGGAAUAUCACUCGCUCGUAUGUUGCGCGCGAUGAAACUAUCAUUUAUAAUUUCGCCGUUUUGUUCAUUGAGUGCCUAAUUUUUCCUUACAUUUGUACAUACCAUUAUUUUUAUGUAUUAUGUAACAAAGGGAGACCGCGCCGGUCUCAGUCAACAAGCCAGAACAAGAGCCUAGGAGUAAAUUGUUGAAAACAUGAA